UUGGAAUACAAUCACCUGUGCGUAUGGGAUGCCAGCACCAAGCGAGGACGAGAAUGACACAACGGCGGCGCUGGCUGAGUGGGCCGAGGGUUUCACCCGUGCAGAGAAGUGCGCUCGACAAGUGCAGUACCGCAAGAUGAAGAAGAACGAAGUCAACAAGCUCAAACAAGUCAUUCACCAGUUGGAGCUGACGAAAGCGACCACCAUCGCCCGUAACGCAUCGAGCAAGGUCAAUCGCAUGCUGUCGUGGAAGGACGUGGCGGAAGCAUUGUUGUGCGACCGACGGCUGGCCGAGUCUCAACACAAAGCUCUAGCGAAGGACCAGAUACAGAACAAGAAGCACCUCCUCGAAAUGUACCAGUGGGUCCUGGCCCAAGUGUCGUUGCAGCGAGCUCCGAACGCCAUGUGCUCGACUUGGCGGAACGUCUCCCUCUUAGCUAGUCCCGAGUCGCGCUCCCUAGGCAAGCAAUGGAUCACGAGGCAAAUGUACCACAAUCGUGACCGCGUCUUCCAGCAGUAUGGGUAUCCUUCGCUGGACACGACGGCGCCCGAAUACAUAUUCCAUGUGCAGAUGACGUUCAGCGAGAAUGGGUAUACGCUGGAGUACAUUCGCCAAGCCGUCUCGACCUGGUCACUGGAAACAUUUGUCGACUACUACAACCAGACACUACUACCCCUGCAGUGCGCUGUCAUUUACUUUGACCCGACGAUUCCUUUGAUCGUCAACGAAGUCGAAGGCCACACGAGGCAAUAUGCCGUGGUUACUCCCAAUAACGAGUACUCGAAUGUCCUUGUGGGAGAGUUCCAUGUACAGGACGAGUGUACGUUUGUGAUUCAGCAAAUCCAAAGCGACGAAAUGUGCGAUGGCGGCACGCCCCAGAGGAACCGCAUGUCGUGGUACCUAACGUUCAUGUGUUUUCAAAUCGAUGGCUGACUAAGUUGUAGGGAAAUGGUUCGUCGGUUGCCGGGAGGGGGAGGCAUCGUAGCUCGAAAUGUACUGCUUCUGUCGCAGUUGUUUACUGCGAAAGAUGGGUUGUUGUCUCUGGAGGAAGACGCCAAGUCGUGGGGUAUCGACUUGGAUGGAACUCCCGACCACUUGAAGGAAGCGCGGUACCCCCAGAUGUUUAUGGAGGUGGCGGAGCGAGAAAUUGCCAAGCACCGUGCGUGGUACAUUGCAAAUAAACAAACAAUCCAUGUAUAGUUAGAGCAAGUACAGACAUAACUCGUUGAAAUAUAC